AUGCUUCAAUUUGGCCACAAGAAUUUCAUUAACCAAGACCAAAGAAACUUUCCUACGCAAGUGACCAUUGACUUUCGCCACAAUCACAAAAUCGAUGCGGAAACCUACUGGAGACAUCACUUGAGACAACUCAAAUCAUCGUACUAUACAAAUUUUGCCAACGGCCACUCAUCGAUGUCGGCGCACAUACUACACAGAUGCGAUUUGCACAGCCUAUAUGGCUCUGACUUUUAUAAUAUUAUUUCUGACCCAAUAAAUUGUCCAUCUUAUAGUUGGUGUUGCCGUGAGUACAACAAAUUUAUCAGUAGCAAUCCUGUUAAAGAUCAAAUGACAAUCAGUGAGGCUGUUUUGUGUUACAACAAUAAACACCGGGACAAGUGUGCAAUUUUAUUACACGAAAAUGAAAUAAUGGCAUUAAGUGCCCCGUUAAUGAAAAGUAUAUUUUAUGCGGGCUUUGGUAAGAAUGUAAUGUGGGUCAGGAUUUUUUCAAUGGCUGAUCGUCAAAAAACUAUUUUAUUUUUAUGUUACACCCCUAUUGGGACUUUGCCUAUAGGAGUUAUAAUAGCUCGCAAUAACAAUACAGACAAUAUUUGCGAUGGUAUUAAAGCACUCUUGGAUUUAUUAGGGGUAGAUUAUAAUCCUGGUACUGUAAUUUCCGAUGAUAGUCCUUUAAUAAGUAAUUGUUUGAAAAAAUGUUUCCCAAAAUCUCAAAUUAUUUUCAAUCAAUAUCGCUUAUUACAAAGGGCUUGGAGAUUUUUAAGAAACAUAUGCACAGAUGAUAAUGAAGAGUUUCAAAUGUUAUAUAAUUUAUUUAAAGUGGCAUUGAAUAGUCCAACAAAAGAGGAUUUUGAUCAAAAUUUUAAGGAAUUUCUUGUUUAUGUUGACAUAUAUCCAGAGUUAUCUAGUUUUAUCAAAAAUUUCAAUUUAAGUGCUGAUUCUUAUUUGCUAUAUGCUCGUCCAAAAGGUGAAUUAAGUAGCUCAGCUUUAAGUUACAGCGACUCUGGCACGAUUAUUUUACAAGACAUUGUCACAAAAUAUGCCCAAUAUUUUAACUCAGUACAAUUGUUUGAUUUUUUAACAAAAAAUUACGUGCAACAUUACGAAAGGAAAUUAGAGAAAAUUGUCAAUGGUGAGUUAAGGGGGUUUUUUAAAACAAACUUUUAUGUUCCUUCAAAUAGGAUAAUUGAUUUAAGUUGUCAGGAAAUUAGCCCUACGGAGUAUUCAGUGAAUUUUGAAAAUGGCAGAAGUUUUUUUGUCAAUUCAGAGUUAAAGUCUUGUACCUGUCAACUAACUGUGGAAGCUGGAUCUUGUGUACAUCAAUAUAUUGUUGAUAAUCAUAAUGGAUUAGUGCCAGAAUGUCACACUUCCUUAAACGCUGAUAUAUUUGAAAUAUUCGAAUCCAUUUUUAGUUCAAUAGAAAAAACAAAUAAUGAUAAUCGUGUAGUGAUAGAGGCUGUAGAAGAGAGUAAUGAUUUGUUGUGGUUGAAUAAUGACGAUUCUACAGAUGUUUUUGAUGAUAUCAAUUUGGCUGUAUCAUUAGAAUCUUUGUCUGAGUUAAAUGAGCGGGAUUUUUUUAGCGAUUUUAAUUUUUUAAUUGAAAACUCAAAUAUAGAUUUUGAAGGUGCAAAUCUACACAGUAUUGAAACUUCUCUAAGAGAGGAUAUUCCCGAAAUUAGUGCAGAAGUUGAAAUUUCCAACAUUAGAAAUUCUUAUAGUCUUUCAGAUUUUGAAGCAUUCCUCAUCAAUACGAGUGCAGAGAAUGAAAAUUUAAAAAGUCUUACAGAUUAUGAACGUGUAAGUGAAGUUGGGAAUUCAAAAAGUCUUACAGAUUAUGAAAUUCUUCCAGAAGAGGCAAAAAACAUUACACAUUCUGAAAUUAAUGCAGUUUCGAAUAAUACCAACUCUGAAUAUGCUCUAACUGAAGUUGAAAAUUCAAAUACUCUUAGAGAUCAUGAAAUUCUUCCAGAAGGAGGUGAAACUUCAAUUAAUAUUUCAAAUUGUGAAAUUAUUGCAGAAGAAAUUGUAAUUUCAAACAAAAAUUCUGAUUAUCUUACUGAUUUUGAAUUAUUCCUCAAUAAAGUUGCAAUUUCAAAUUCUAAAAACAGCCCGGAUGAGGCUAAAAAUCUACUCAUUCUUACAAGUCCUGAAGUUGAAACAGAAGAAUUUGAAGAUAAUACAGAUUCUGAUAAUCUUUUACACACAGAAUUUGAAAUUACAAAUUCUGGUCUUUCAAAUGAAGUUGGCACUAAUCUAGAAGAACUUGAUACUUCAUUAAAUUUUGAAAAUCCUCCACAUCAAGCUGAAAUUUCAAAUGCAAUGGUUGAAAACUCUAAUAGUCUUGGAGAUGAUGAAAUUCUUUCAAAAGAAGCUGAUAUUACAAAUGAUGCAAAUGAAGUAGGCAUUUCAAAUAUUUCAAACUCUGAAAAUCUUCUAACUGAAGUUGGAAUUUUAAGUGAUGAAAUUCUUUUGGAAGCUGAAGUUUCAGAUAACAUUACACAUUCUGAAAUAAAUGCAGAAGAGGUGGUAACAUCAAAUAAUACCAGCUCUGAAAAUGUUUUAACUGAAGCUGAGAAUUCAAAUAGUCUUGAAGAUCAAGAAUUUUUUUCAGAAUGUGCUGAUAUUACAGAUUCCAAAAUCAGUGCAAAACAAAUUGGAAUUUCUACAGAUUUUGAAAUGUUCUUCAAUGAAGUUGAUGCAGAGGUUGUAAUUUCAAAUUCUGAAAAUUGUCCAGCUGACGAUGAAGCUUUAAUAAUUCUUACAAGUGCUGAAAUUAAAACAGAAGAAGAUCCUGAACAUUUUUCACAUGCAGAAGAAGAAAUUGCAAAUACUGAAAAUCUUCCACAUCAAGUUGAAAUUUCAAAUAUAGAGGUUGAAAAUUCGGAAAGUCUAGGAGAUUAUGACAUUCUUUCAAAAGAAGCUGAAAUUACAAAUGAUGAAAUCAAUGCAAAUGAAGUGGGUAUUUCAAAUGAUUCAAACGCUGAAAAUCUUCUAUCUGAAGUUAAAAAUUCAAAUAUUUCAAAUUCUGAUAAUCUUCCAACUGAAUUUAGAAUUUCAAAGAGUCUUCCAGAUAAUGAAAUUCUUCCGAAAGAAGCUGAACUUUCAUAUAACAUUAUACCUUCUGAAAUUAACGCAGAAGUGGCAACAUCAAAUAUUACCAACUCUGAAAAUGUUCUAACCGAAGUUGAGAAUUCAAAUCGUCUUGGACAUUAUGAAAUUCUCCCAGAAGGUGCUGAUAUUGAUGUUACAGAUUCCGAAAUUAGUGCAAAAGAAAUUGAAAUUUCAAACCUUGGAAUUUCUUCAAAUCUUGAAAUGUUCUUCAAUGAAGUUGAUACAGAGGUUGUAAUUUCAAAUUCUAAAAAUUGUCCCAAUGAGGAUGAAAGUUUGAUCAUUCUUACAAGUGCUGAAAUUAAAACCGAAGAAGAUGAGAUUCCAAAUAUUACCAAUCCUGAAAAUUUUUCAUGUACAGUAGAAGAAAUUACAAAUUCUGAAAAUCUCCCACAUCAAGAUGAAAUUUCAAUUGCAGAGGUUGAAAAUUCAGCAAGUUUCGGAGAUCAUGAAAUUCUUUCAAGAGAAGUUGAGAUUACAAAUAAUGAAAUCGAUACAAAUGAAGUUGGUAUUCCAAAUAUUUUAAACUCUGAAAAUCUUCUGACUGAAGUUGGCAUUUCAAAGAGUCUUAAAGAUAAUGAAUUUUUUGCGGGAAAAGCUGAUAUGUCAAAUAACAUUACACAUUCUGAAAUCAUUGCAAAAGAAGUUGGUAUUUCAAAUUCUGAAAAUCUUCUAGCUGAAGUUGGGAUUUCUAAGAGUCUUUCAGACAAUAAAAUUCUUCCGGAAGAAGCUGUACUUUCAAAUAACAUUAUACACUCUGAAAUUAAUGCAGACGUGUCAAAUAUUACCAACUCUGAAAAUGUUCUAACUGAAGUUAUUGAAAAUUUUAGAGAUUUUGAAAUGUUCCCCAAUGAAGAUACAAUUUCAAAUGCAGAGGUUGUAAUUACAAAUUCUGAAAAUUACCCAAAUGAGGAUGAAAAUUUAAUUAUUCUUACAAGUGCGGAGAUUAAAACAGAAGAAGAUGAAAUUCCAAAUAUUACAAAUCCUGAAAAUAUUUCACAUACAGAUACAGAAGAAGAAAUUGCAAAUUCUGAAAAUAUCCCACGUCCAGUAGAAAUUUCAAAUGCAGAGAUUGAAAAUUCAGACAAUCUAGGAGAUCAUGAUAUUCUUUCAGGAGAAGCUGAAAUUACAAAUGACAGAAUCGAUGAAAAUGAAGUGGGUAUUUCAAAUAUUUCAAACUCUGAAAAUCUUCCAACUGAAGUUGGAAUUUCAAAGAAUGUUUCAGGUAAUGAAAUUCUUCCAGGAGAAGCGGAACUUUCAUAUAACAUUACGUCUUCUGAAAUUAAUGCAGAAGUGGCGACUUCAAAUAUUAUCGACUCUGAAAAUAUUCCAACUGACGUUCAGAAUUCUAACUGUCUUGGAGAUCAUGAAAUUCUUUCAGAAGGUACUGAUAUAUCAGUGGUAAGUGAUAUAUCACUUGAUAUGACAAAUUUCGAAAUCAGUGAAAACGAAAUUGCAAACAUUGCAAAUUAUGCAGAUAUUGAAAUGUUCCUCAAUGAAGAUACAAUGUCAAAUGCAGAGGUUGUAAUUUCAAAUUUCGAAGAUUGCCCCAAUGAGGAUGAAAAUUUAAUCAUUCUUACAAGUGCUGAAAUUAAAACGGAAGAAGAUGAGAUUCCAAAUAUUACAAAUCCUGAAAAUCUUUUAUAUACAGGAGAAGAAAUUUCAAAUGCAGAGGUUGAAAAUUCGGAAAGUCUAGGAAAUCAUGACAUUCUUUCAAGAGAAGCUGAAAUUACCAAUUACGAAAUCAAUGCGAAUGGAGUUGGUAUUUCAAAUUCUGAAAAUCUUCUAAAUGAAGUUGGAAUUUCAAAAAGGCUUGCAAAUAAUGAAAUUCUUUCGGCUGAUAUUUCAAAUAACAUUACACUUUCAGGAAUCAAUGAAAAACAAGUUGCAAACUCAAAUAAUACCAACUGUGAAUAUGCUGUAACUGAAGCUGAGAGCUCAAAUAGUCUUAGAAAUUAUAAAAUUCUUCCAGGAUGUGCUGACAUUCUUACAAAUUCUGAUAAUUUUCCACAUACAGAACCAGAAAUUGCAAAUUCUGAAAAUCUUACAGAAAUUAUAAAUUCUCAAAAUCUUCCAAAUGAAAUUAGCAGUGUUACAGAUUGUGAAAUUAAUACAGAAGAAAUUGAAACUUUGACAAAUUCUGUAAAUCUUCCACAUCAAGUUGAUAUUUCAAAAGCCGAGGUUGUGAAUUCCAAAUGUCUCGGAGAUCGUGAAAUUACAAAUUCCGAAAUCAAUACAAGUAAAGUUGGUGUUUCAAAUGUUGCAAAUUCUAAAACAGAAGUUGGAAAUUUGAAUGUACAUUUUGAUAAUUCUUCAAAGGAGGUUGUUUCCGAAGAACUUGAAAAUUUGACUAAAGCUCAUCUAAGGAAGGAUAUUGCAGGUUUUAGAAAUUCUUUAGAAAAAAAUCGAAAUUCAUAUUCAAAUUCUAAUAAUUCUUCAAAAAAAGACGAAAAUAUGAAGCGGCAUACAUCAGAUUUUGGAAUUCCAAAAGAAAUGGAUGUAACAGAUUCAAAAUUUUCCUCUAGAAAAAAUGAAGAUUCAAAUAUUAUAAAUCCACAAAAUUCUCCAGUAGAAACUGAAACUGGUAAUAUUUUUUCAAAUUUUCUUCUGCCAAGCGAAAUUAGGGCUUCAAGAGUUCAUGAAGAUGUUGAAAUUACUGACAACCCUCUGGAAAAUAUUGAGAAUGAAAAUAAUUCCGAUUCUGAUUCAAUUAUUCUAGAUUAUGAAGAUUUACUAGAAGUAACCAGCUAUUCAAAUUGUACACAUUCUGAAAAUUUUUAUGAAGAAUUUGGAAAUUUCAAUAUCAAUUAUUCUGAAGUUCAAAAUUUUGAUUAUGAAAUUUUUUCAGAAGAGGCUGAACCCUCAAAAAACUUUACUCAUUCUGAAAUUAAUACAAGAGAAGUUGCAAAUUCAAAUAACAUUAACUUUGAAUAUGCUUUAAUUGAAGUUGAAAAUUCAAAAAGUCUUACAGAUCAAGAAAUUCUCCCUGAAAUUCCAAAUAAAAUUGUAAAUUUCGAAGUCAAUGCAAAAGAAGGGGAAAUUUCAAAUAUUCCAAUCUCUGAAAAUCUAACUGAAGUUGAAAAUACAGAUAGUGUUAGAGAUAAUGGAAUUUUUCCGAUAGAAGCCGAAAGUUAUUUGAAUUCUCAAAUUCCUCCAAAAGAAGUUGAAAUUUCAAAUUUCAAAACAAAUUCUGCUCAACUCCAAAAUUCAAGUCUUACAUUUCCUAUGUCACUUGUAGAAGAAAAUGAACAUACCAAUCUUAUUAGAAACUCCGAAAUUGCUUGCGACAAUUCAUCAAAUUUUGAAACUCCUGAGAGUUCAAAUUAUGUAACAAUUAUUCCACAAGUAGUUGAAAGUGUAAACGUUACAAAUUCUAAACAAUUUGAAAAUUUGAAAUCUGGAACUCCUCCAGAAGACCAUGAUCAGGUAUACAUUAUUGAUGACGAAAUUGCUUCAUCACAAAUUGAAAGUAAUCAUGCAGAAAACCAUGUUCAAAUCUACAAUAAACCUACCAAAAACUACCAAAACAAAAUUGCGCCAAUUUUAGAUAUAAAUCAGGUAAUAUCUGCCACUUUGAAGAAUGUAAAAAAAAUUAUCAAGAAAAAGAGUCUUUUGUCUGAAGAGAGUCCAAAUUCUGAGAAAGUUAAAAAACUUAGAAAUAAAAAAGCCAUUCAAACUUCAGGUGAAAUUUCAGCAAGUUCAGGGGUAAUAAUUGCCGACAAAAACCAAGCAUUAGGCAAAACAAAAUUAGUUGACAGUCCAGCCGAAAUCGUAGAAUCGGUUGAAAUCGUAGAAUCGAUUGACGUCAUCAAUUUGAUUUCGGAUGAGGAGGAAUCACCCACACAAAAUCCAGAUUCUAAUUCAUCUGAAAAAAAACACAUAAAACCUGUGAAAAGUGUUGCAAAAUCAAUAGUAGAAAAUCCUAAAGAUAAAAUAAACUUGUCUGAAAUAUUCUCACCAGCAACUGGAAAAGAUGGACCAAAAUCUGACCAACAAUUGCGUGAGAAAAUUUCAAAAUUAAAGGAAUUAGUUGACCUGUCAGAUUCUGAUGAAAGUUUUUCCUCCAGUGAUAAUUUUAAAGGAUUUCCACAUUACCCCCACAUUUGCAUCGAUCACAGUUCGAAAUCAAAAGCCGUUUAUAUUUCUUCUCCAAAUGAAAAUGAUUUGUGCACCGAUUCCAAUUUCUCUACUGAUAGUGAAGACGAGGAUCUUCUUCAGUGGAUGAUCGGAGAAGAUAAAAAUAGGUCUAUUAUUGGGAAGAAGAUUGCUAGGGAUUCAAGUUCUCAAAUGAAACAAAUAGAAGAGAAACAGGAAAGACCACAAAAUGAACAUUUAGAUAGUGACGAUUCACUGAGAAAAUCAAAGAGUAGUGAUAGACUGCCCGAAAGACCACAACAUGUAUAUUUGGGAGAUAAAAAUUCUGACAGUGUUGAUUCACGAAUAAAAUCGCCAAAGAAACGGGGAAGACCACCUAAAAGACUGAAAAAUCAAAAUUUCAGCACAAACGAGGUUCAUGAACCAGGAAAUUUGGACUUUGAUAUUAACAAUUUGGAACAACAUUCAACUGAAGAACAACCAAAGAGAAGUGGAGAAGUGAGUAAAACAGCACAGAAUAAUAGUGACAAUUCAUUACAAAAACCAACAAGAAAACUACCAAGUAGAAUACGUAGAUUGCCUAAAAAAUACAUGGAAGAAUCAGAUUCUGAUGAGAAAAGUAGAAGACCGACUAAAACACCAAUACAUUUCAAUUAUUCACAUGUUGAUAGUAGCAAUUCGACAAGACAACACUCAAAGAGACCACCUGAAAGUUUACAAAAUGAAAAUAGUGAUGAUUCGGACAUAAGAACCCCAGUUAGAAAACUGAAGAAAUGGAAACAAUCCCCUAAAAGACCGCACUAUAGCGCAAAUGAAACAGAAAUUUUAGAUUUUCAUAGUAACAAUUUUGAAAUAAAUUCAACCGUGAAACUACCAAAGAAAAGAGGAAGACCGACUAACACCUCUCAAAAUGAAGAUUUAGAGAUUUCAAUAAAACUCACAAUAAAACAACCAAAGAAAAGUCGUAGAUCGCCUAUAAGAUCACCAAAUGAAAUUUCAGACUCUGAUAGUAAUGAUUUUGAAAUCGAAACUUUGUUAAGAAAAUCGAAUUCAACUAGACUACAAAAUGUAGAUUCCGCUACUGACAGAUCACAAACAAAAUCGACUCUACGACAACCAAAAAGGCCUCGUACAAAACUUAAAAAUGAUUAUUCCAUCAUGAAUGAAUCUGGAUAUUCAGAAAUGUCAAAAAUCAAUAAUGCCAAGUUAACUGAAAUACAACCUGCGAAAAAUAGGAAUGAACUGUCAAAUAUUGAACGACCGGUAAAAAGACGAAAAAAUGAGCCUUCAAAAACAAAAGAUAGGGUCGAUUUAGGAAAAAAAGGAAGAGGAAGAUCCGAUUUAAUGGUAAAUUUGGAGAAAAAUUUAGAUGUAGAAAAAAUGUGUCGGGAGUUAAAAAGGUUUAAAUCUAUAUCAUCCCCCCAUAAUCAUCAAGUCAUGGAGCCCCAGAAAGCAGCAGCACCCAAAAGACCCUUCAAGGUAGUCCAUGAAACCCUUAGCUUAACAGAAAUCAAUUUCGAACAAAAAAGCAUCACUGGCUUUGUCGAAUUAACAGUCAUACCAAUCCAAAAAAAUAUCCGUUUGAUUAAAUUAAACUCCAAACAAUGCGAAAUAGGCAAAAUUUUAUUAAACAAUCAGUACGAGGCUCAAUUCAAACAUUUUGAUCCGUUUUCGAACGCCCACUUGGAGACAGAAACAAGAAGUUUGGAGUUUUUUUCCAACUACCAUUUUAAGGCUUCGCUAAAAUCCGAUCCAGACAAUUGCUGUGGAGAGUUGAUGAUCAAUAUACCGCUGGAGGCCGCACAUUUAGUAGCCAAAAACACACCUUUGAGAAUCAAAAUAGAGUUUUCGUUGCAACAACCUCGAGGAGGUUUACAUUUUGUCGCACCCGCAACAAAAAGCGCCCACAUGUUUACUUGGGGCCGUCAGAAUUCUUCGAGAUUGUGGUUUCCUUGUGUGGAUAGUUUCGCCGAACCGUGCACAUGGAAAUUGGAAUUCACCGUCGACAAAGACAUGACUGCCGUUUCAAAUGGAGACUUGAUCGAGGUAGUAUUCAGUCCAGAUAUGAGACGCAAAACUUAUUAUUAUUCUUUGAAUGUGCCCACAUGCGCACCAAAUAUUGGUUUAGCGGUAGGAUUUUUUGAGGUUUUUGUUGACCCGCAUAUGCACGAAGUAAGCCAUUUCUGCUUACCUGGCUUACUUCCUCUAUUGAAAGUUGCUACAAGAUAUGUGUAUGAGACUUUUGAGUUUUAUGAAGAUACUUUAUCUUCUAGAUAUCCGUUUAGUUGUUAUAAACAAGUUUUUGUCGAUGAAGCUUGUGAAGAUUAUCACGCUUAUUCCACAAUGAGUAUUUUGAGUAUCAAUUUAUUACAUUUUGCCGUUAUCAUCGAGCAAGUUCCUAUCACAAGAAAAAUUAUGGCUCAGGCAAUAUCUGAACAAUUUUUUGGUUGUUUUAUAUCCAGACAAAAUUGGACGGAUAUGUGGCUAAACAAGGGCAUCAGUCAAUAUUUGUGUGGGUUGUAUUUCAAAAAAACUUUCGGUAAUAAUGAGUACCGGGACAUGAUUCAUUGUACGAUGCAGGAAUUGAUCAAAUACGAAGAGGAAUAUGGGGGGAUCGUUUUGGAUCCAAGUGAACCUCCUGUAGGUGACAUCGCUUUCGAAGCAGCACAAAAUUUUUAUUUUUCCACAAAAAGUCCACAAACAAUGUCUCCAACGUAUAUCGAUGCCCUACACAAGAAAGCCCUUCUAGUAAUUAGGAUGCUAGAACAUAGAAUCGGGCUUGAAUCAUUGUUAAAAGUUUUCAAUCGACAAUUAUUUUUGGCUAGUAACACAAUCGAAUGCGGAUUGUGGGUACACAUGCUAAUAAGCACAAAUGUAUUUGCUAAGUCCAUAUUAACAUUUACGCAUAAAGAUAUAACGGAUUUUCUUGAUCUAUGGGUUCGCACGGGUGGACAUGUAAAAUUUCAUGUCAAAUCAGCAUUUAAUAGAAAAAAAAAAUCUAUCGAGCUGGAAAUAAGGCAAGAUUCCACUUCUCAGCUUGGCAUCAAGGCAUACAUCGGUCCUCUUAGGCUUUCUAUGCAAGAAUCCGAUGGCUAUUUCAAUUACUACUUGCAAAUUGAAAACUUUGCUGCAAGAGUCAAUGUUGUUUGUCACUCAAAAUAUAGACGAAAUAAAAAAAAGAAAAUACCACUUUGCACUGGCGAAGAAGCUGAUAUCGAUUUAAGCGCAAUAAUGGACGAGUCACCGAUUUUAUGGGUCCAAUUGGAUCCCGAAAUGACUUUAAUAAGAUCCGUUGUCAUCGAACAAACCGAGUAUAAAUGGCAAUUUCAGUUCAUACACUCGCGGGACGUUGUAGCUCAAACUGAAGCAUUGGCAGCUUUGGAACACUAUCCAUCUACUGCCACAAGACUUCUACUUACCGACACAAUUCAGGACGAGCUUUGUUAUUAUAAAGUCAGAUGUAGAGCGGCGCAUUGCCUCACAAAAGUUGCUAACGCUAUGGUGGGUAAUUGGGCAGGACCUCCGCCAAUGUUAGCCAUAUUUAAAAAGUACUUUGCUUCUUUUGCGGCUCCACACAUCACAAAAGAGAACAACUUUGAAGAUUUUCAACAUUAUUUCAUCCAAAAAACCUUACCGGUGGCGAUGGCCGGUUUGAGAACUGUCCAUGGGAUUAUGUGCCCGCCAGAAGUCUUGAAAUUUUUGCUCAAUUUGCUCAAAUACAAUGACAAUACUAAAAAUAGGUUUUCUGAUUGUUAUUAUAAAGCUGCUCUGGUGCGAGCUUUGGGCAGAACCAUUACUCCUUGUGUGGUGGCUCGUGAUGGUCCAAUAGCUGCUGAGAAUCUCGCUUUAUGGACACAAUCAAUUCUAGAAAUAGUUACAACGAAAUUAAACUUGGAAAAAAAGAUCCCUUGUUACAAAUACGUCGUUUCAGUUGAGUGUUUGAAAGUCAUAAGAAAAUUGCAACGCUUUGGGCAUUUGCCAAGAAAUACAGAAUUAUUCAAGUUUCUUGCCGAAUAUGGCCAUUUUAUCGAUGUACGUUUGGCUGCUCUAGAAUGCUUAAUGGAAAUUAUUAAAGAGAAUGGCACAUCUGAGGAUCUAAGCUAUGUCUUGGAUAUUCUUGAAAACGACCCAGAUCCAGGACUUAGACACAAACUGGCCCAAAUACUAAUCAAAAAACCGCCUUUUAAGAGAGCACAUGGAUCCAUGUUAGACACUCCAGACUUAGUGGAACGAAUAUGGACCAACAUAACUUCACUGACAUGUUAUGAUACACAACUCCGUGGCGAUUUCGUGGAUAUCUACUAUUCUUUGUACAGCAAUAAACAGCCAAUUUGUGUUCCUUUGAGGGUAGUUACUGAAAUAGUGCAACCUAGUGUGAAGAGGUUCAAACCUGAAUUGGCACUUUUAAGGCAAGAUCUUACUGAUAAUGCAAAUAAUUGUAGCAGAUGGAUGAAUCUAUUCGGAGCAGGUCUAUUGAAAACUGAACCAAAGCUACAAGAAAACGAUCCAGGCCCGUUUGAAAAACAAUCCAGUUUCAAUGCGAAGCGCAAAGAUACCCAACCGAAGUAUCUUCGUAAGAUUAAAAUCAAAAGAGAAAACUCUAGUUCGUGCACUGUAACUAUUAUUGAUGAAGAAUAA